AUUUUCCAUUUCGUUGUAUGAUAGAGAGACAUUCGCACCACUCCAUUUACAGCGUGUUCGUCACUCCAAGCUUAUGGCAAAUAAAGCCAGUUUUCUUUCUACAACUGGUGCCCCUUUUACUCUUUAAAAAUUCCGCCGAAAAAGAGAAGACGAUUUACCAAAACCUUUGGGCCGUUAUCUCACGGCGCACUCUCUGUGCAGGUGUACAACAGUUACCCAGAAGGCCUAGGAGCAGCCCUCUACAGAGAGCAGUUUGACUUCAACGCUGAGCCACCUUGGGAUCCCAGCUGAUAGUGGGAGAGGUCCAUCUCCUGACUUGUCCAUUUUGUUGCAUAUUUUUUAAGGAUCCCAACUCAAGGCUCAGUGACCCGAUUUGCUAGUCAACUUGGUUUAUGAUUGUCGGCUUUGCGGAAUACGGCUGAGAUGAAAGGUUUUGUCGAUGAACCAAACUACACUAUUGACCUUUUGGAGGACGGCACGACGCUUGGAGAUGUCAUCGAUAACCAUAUUUGUGAGCAGGCUCUGGCUGAAAAGAAUGCCUUUUUUGUGGCCGACCUUGGGGACAUAGUGAAGAAAUAUACCCUGUGGCAGAACGUCAUGACGCAGAUCAAGCCCUUCUACGCUGUGAAGUUUAACAACAGCCAGGCUGUCAUUGAGAUCCUGGCAGCGCUCGGGGCCGGCUUCGCCUGCACCAACAAGAGUGAAGUCGCACUUGUGCUGAGCUGCGGCGUUGCUCCAGAGAACAUUCUCUUCACUAGUUUGUGUAAACAGCUGUCCCAUGUCACAAAUGCUGCUAAGAAUGGUAUAGAUAUCCUAGUGUGUGACAACGAGACGGAACUUCGGAAGAUCGCACGUUGUCAUCCAAAUGCCAGGCUUCUGCUGCAAAUCGCCACGGAGACCCACAGCGAAGGGGAGGAGAUGAGCAUGGCCUUUGGCUCCACACUCAAGAACUGUAGGCACCUCAUGGAAAGCGCUAAGGAAAGGGGCGUUCAGGUGGUGGGGGUGAAAUUUCACAUUUCAAGCUCUUGCAAGGAUAUGCAGGCCUACACCCAUGCUCUGUCUGAUGCUCGCUGCGUCUUUGAUAUGGGGGAGGAGUUUGGCUUUAACAUGAACAUUUUGGAUAUUGGUGGUGGCUUUUGUGGGUCAGAGGCACAGCUGGAAGAGAUAUAUCGCAGUAUGAGGCCAUUGCUGGAUGUGUAUUUCCCACCAGAGUCCGGGGUGUCUGUUAUUGCUGAACCUGGGAGUUACUAUGUCGCUUCUUCAUUCACUCUGGCUGUCAAUAUUAUUGCCAAAAAAGUGGUUGCAAGGGAUCAGUAUGAUCAUCCUCUAGACGUCGAACCUUCCCUGAAUGACGAACCAGCAUUUGUGUAUUAUAUGAAUGACGGAGUGUAUGGAUCUUUUGCAAGCAAACUCUUGGAAAAGGCGAUUGCUGCUCCUUCAGUUCAUAAGAAAUCCAGCAAGGAAGAGCCAGUGUUUGCCAGCAGCCUAUGGGGCCCCUCCUGCGAUGGUCUGGAUCAGGUUGUUGAGCACUGCCUGUUGCCCGAGCUCGAAGUUGGAGACUGGGUGAUUUUCAACAACAUGGGGGCUAACGCAAUGGGGGGACAGUCCAUCGGCGACUUCCAAAAGCCCCCCAUUUACUAUCUGAUCUCUGCAUGCGAUUGGUACGAGAUGCAAGAUGCUGGAGUUACCCUGGAAAGCGCAAUGAAGAAUUUCUUGGCGAUUCCUUCUUGCUUCCAGUUGGGCCAAGAAGACCGCAUUUCUGCCCCAGCUUAGUGCAGAGGCAGAGGAGCCAAGUUGCCCGAGCUGGUCUGCUUUGGUCAACAUUCCAAGGUGGAAAGAAACCAUGGACAUGACUUGUGAAGAAAUGAAGAGUGUUACCUGAGACCAGGCAUAUAGGGUCUUAGUUUUUGAUUGCUCUGCCAUUGCAGAAAAAGUAACACUCUUCCCUCCCAACCCCACCCCAGCCACUUCGCCCACAUCAGUAAAAUAUGCAACAAAAUGGAUGACUUGGUAGAGAUGGAAUCCCACUGCUGGGUUUCCUGCUCAAUUAAAGUUUACAUACGUGUUCAUUUUUUUUAAUUUAAUUUUUAUAUAAUAUUAUAUAUACAGAUUAUCUGUUGCCAGUCUUGUAAGUCUGCAGUUGUCUGUAGAAAACCAGAUUGAUUUCAAGAAAAAUGUCAAGUAAUGCGUUGACUAUGUAAAUUUGUGCUUUUUGCUCUGUAGCGUAGUGGGGGAAAAAAAGUGAAACAUUACUUUGUGGUAUGAUGACCUGACCCUACCCACUUAGAAUUGCAAUAAACCAUUGUGUAGGUCCGGUUACUUCGUCACGUCGAGCUAAACGGGUUGUACAGCAUAUCCAGGCAGACUUUAGCUCCAUUUAUUAGAUGUAGGGUCCCUUUACAGUAUGGCUGUAGUGACACUUGGCAGUGUUACAGAAAAGUAUUUUCUUUACAGGUGAAUUUUUACUCCUCACAGCUCUAGGUGUGAUUUGCCAUCCUAAUCUCGAGGUGCACCGUUUUUUGUUUUAAUCUUGCACCCAGGGCUUUUCCAGGCUUUUUUUUUAAAAGCCAUCUAACUGCACAAUGAUCACUCUUUGAUGGUUUUAGAAUUGUUUAGUCUCUGGAGAGCAUGGUAGUUCUUUCCGGUUCAUGCUGUCCUCAAGCCCAGGAUGCAAGCAGAGAUUUGGGGUUUUAGAGUUGUGCUGAAAGCAAUAGACCAGACUUCUGCAAUUAAGGGCUUUCAUUUGCAGGAAGGAUCCUAUUUUUCAAUGGGUGCAUCCCCAGCAGAAAUUUAGGAUGGUAUCCUGGCUUGAACACUGUGUGCGUUCGAUUAUGGGAGAAAGGACCUUUCACAAUGCUUUAGCUACCAAGAGCAGCCACAGACUGCCCUCAUGGUAGAUUGUCAUUAAAGUUCCUUUCAGCUGGGAAUUUGUCUGAAUAUCACGAGUUGUAAUGACCCACUUUUUGCAAUUCUGUAUCUGUAUGAACAGAUGCACUGUAAUGCAAAAUACAACUUUCUCCAAAGCACUAAUGGACCAUUGCCCAUUCUUGAUUGUAAAAUUGUGCUUGUAAGGUAAAUAAUUUAAUACACCUUCUUUGACUGAA